UGAGUUUAAAAGUUUAUAAUUUUGGUCUGCAAUUUUUUGAAAUGAGUGUGACAGCAUUUACUAUCGUUUUUGAUAAUCCAGAUCAAGUUUAUUACGCUGGAAAAACGGUGACAGGAAGAGUAGAAUUUGUGGUCCAUUCUGCACUGAGUAUUAGAGGAGUUGAACUCAAGAUUAAAGGACGAGCUAAAUGCGAAUGGUAUGACGGUAAAGUUUACGCGUGGUCAAGUCAGACCUAUCUCAAUAGUAAACUGAUUUUAGUCGGAGGAACUGGAACGAAAUUGAAAUUGCCCGCGGGACAAUAUUCUUAUCCAUUUGUGGUAUUGUUACCAUCUGAACUUCCAUCCACUUUUGUUGGUAAAUAUGGUGGAAUUUUAUAUUAUGGGAAAGCGAAAAUCGAUAUUCCAUUCGCUUUCGAUUACAAACAUAAAGCCAGAUUUAUUGUUUCGAAUCCUGUAAAUCUGAAUUUAUAUCCCAAUUUGAGAACUCCAUACGCGAAAGAAAAAAGUAAAAAAUUUUGGUUCCUGUGCUGGAAAAGUGAACCUCUCACCAUGGUUGUGCAUUUACCUAAGACAGGCUUUUGUUCAUCAGAACGCAUUCCGUUUACUAUAGAAAUCGAUAACGCAAGUGACGUCGCAGUGCAUUCGAUUCAUGUUUAUUUGAAACAGGUGGGUUAG